UUUAGUCAUAGUAGCUGGGCACGUAAGCGCUUGGGCUUGCCGUAUAAGUCAUCGCUCGAUUGGCCUUGUCUGCAAUUUGGGCACUUGGGCAGUUGGGACAGUCUGUUGGUGAAGGUCAGCUUUGGUCUAUGAUGGGUAUUUAAAGUCGGCAAUUGACAGAGGGCAGCAGCAGUUCAUGUUUUGACAGCAAAAUGUUUGGAGCAAGCCUUUUAAUUUUGGCUCUUUGUGCGGCAGCAAGCCUGGAUGCUAGUGAGGCGGCUAGAUUACGAUUUCCGGGACCUGUACUACAGCGACAAGAGGUGGCUCCUUAUCCAGCAGCCGGUUUGACGCCUGAUCCACCAUUUGAACUGCCUACGGAGCAGGCAGCUGACUUCCCUGAACCAGAUUUGACCUACGGGCCACCAGAAGAACAGCCGGAGCUUGUUUACGGACCACCUGAGGAACAGCCUGAGCUUGUUUAUGGACCACCUGAUGAAGUCUAUGGACCACCCGAAGAUACAUAUGGUCCGCCGGAGCUGCCCAAAAAUAUAGACUCGAAUGGUUCAGGACAGAACGCUGCAACUAUAAGCUUGGCUAGCUUACGUCCACAACUACAAUUUGUGUUGCCUCUGGUACAACGUUUUACCGCCUUCCGGCAGCUUCUUCGUCCUGUGCAGUCCCAACGCCGACCCGCAAAAUUGACCGCUCGUCCACAGAGAAGACCUGCAAAAAUUAUCAAUCGAGUUAAUGCUGCUUUUCCGGCUACUCAAUUGACUCUGCCAUUUGUGGAGCGUCGCAUUCCGUUUAGGGCUUCGCGUUUAAUUGUUAACGCUCCUUUAAAACGGAAGCCCGCCAAGAUUACCGUUAACUCACCUAAACAAACUCUCGCCCAAUUGACGCCCGCCAUACGCAGGCCAAUAUUUUCUGGCGGUCGCAUUAUUGCCUAUUCUGACCAAGUGCAGAAUUGGUAA